AUGCCUCUGGGUGCUGAGUGGCAGGAGUAUCACACCAGAGGGCUGCUUGAAAGUUUGCUGACUUGCUUGGUGGUCCUGUAACUCCUCUUUCUUCCUGGGAGAGGCCAGAGGGAGCAGCCAGGAACCACAGCCAACCACUUCUGUCAUUAGCCCAGCCCCAGCCCUCAGCCUGGCUCACAGGCUGGAGAAGGGCAGAGCAGGAGGAAGGGACAACCAACAACAAAAAAGCUGAAGCUGGACAGCAGCUGGUUGUCAGCAGCCAAGAGCUUACGUGAAGAGGUGCCCGAGUGAGAAGCGGCUACCCGAGGGGCAGGAAAGUGGCAGCGCUGGUGAAGGAAGUCAAGAGUGGUGACCAAACGACUGAGAGAAGGCACAGAAAGGCUCUAUACUGGAGCACCUCUUCUUGGCUCCCCAAUAUCAACUCCCAGAACACAGGAGCCCUAGCAAAAUGCCAAGCACAGACUUUGUAGAGGAGAUUCGCUCGGUGGGAGACCGGCUGCUUCUGAAGCUGCAAGGACUGCCCAAGGCUGAUCCCGUGGAAAUUGUGGCGUUCUCCAUCAUCGUUCUUUUCACAGCUACUGUCCUGCUGUUGCUGCUGUUAAUCUGCAGCUGCUGCUGCACUCACUGCUGCUCUAGGAGGAGAGAACGGAAGAGCCGCACAUGGCCCAGAAGACGCAGAUGAAGGACCACAGUGAGAUGCCCGAAGCAAAGCUGGACAGGGGCCCUCCAGGACUGUGACACAGGCUCUCAUCCUAGCCACUUUCCUCCCCAGACAAAGAGUCCCUGGCCCCAGUUCUGGCUUGCCCAGGUGAUGGGGUAGACAUCUGGAGCCUCAUCAAGGAAACAAAGUUGCUCGGUCUGCCACGGAAACAGUGCUUAGGAAGACCUGAAUGUGUUGCCCUCAGAAGACCACCUGGGUCUUCUGCUAAGUUGUACUUUUUCGGGGCCCCAUACUUUGAUAGGGAGCAGCUCAUACCUGUGAGGAGCUGCCCCUUGCGGCUCUGCUGACAUGCCAAAGACAAGUGAACUCAUCAGGGACUUUGUGCAAUUUACUAGACUCCAAACCUCCUGCCGAGGGGGAGGGGGGGAACAUGUCAGUAUUCUUGUUGAAAUUUGUCUGUUUAUUUCCAAGUAAAAGCUUUUUAGGUUAUGUGUUUAUGAGGUAUGGCUCGGCACUGUGCAUCAA